CGGGAGAGUCAUGUUCUGGUCGACCUGUUCUGUUUGGAAAAGUGCAUGCAUGCAGGAGACCCUCCACGUUUGAAAGUGCCUCAGUCCCUGGGUCGAGCCUCUCAGGAGUUCUUUCUCGUAGCCGCGGCGCAGAAAAGCUUUGUGUUUUUUGUCCGCGCAGAGAGUCUUGGCGAAAGAGGCGCUUUCAGAGGCACAGAGCCAGCGAGGCUCCAAGGUGCGGCAAGGUGCUCAAGAUCUGAUCUGUCUGUGCAUGUAAAUCGGCGCGCAUGCAUUGCAGUUAAAGCGGCGCGACAGACAGCCAUACGCUGCGAACCUCUCCUCUGUUGGGGUCUAAAGGGACUGUCGCCAGCUGUACUUCGAAGUCCUACAGAUGUCGUGUGUCUGGAGUCCGUGUAUCUCUAGCGAUGAAAGACUGUGCUAAAUAUGACUUUCUGAGGUGAUGCGGCGUUGUUCUCGCGACUGCGGGGGAGACUCUCAUCCACCUUUCUCUUCUGUCUCUCAGUGCAUCUCUGCUUCUCCUGGGUCUGCUCGGAGGCGGCCGCGCGUAUGUUGAGAAAUUCAGCAGAGACACCGCCUCAACAGUCCUCCUGAAGGAGACAGAGCCAGUUGCAUGCAGCGUUCUUCAGUGGGUGUGUUGCGUCUCGUCACGCACCGGGAAACCAAAAGAUCUCUACUCACGUUUGCUUUCUCCUUUCGCCGUUUUCCUCAACGCUUUUAGAGAAGAGGCGUUUCCUCAACCCCCAGGCAUCGCGCUUCGGUUACGUGUAAUACGGUUCCUCAUCAGAGACAGAAGGCAGACAAGAGAAUUAAACGACAAGUCAAAGCGAAUGCCGAGCGAAUCCUUUUUUUCUCGACUUGUUGACACAGCCUGGACCUGCGGCCUUCUCACUUCUUCCUAAAGGUCGCGGAGGAAGUCUCCCUCUUCAAAAUCCACUCUAAACUUCAAAACAAAAGUACCGGAGUCACAGGCGCCAGUUGCUGUGGCGACUGCCUACACGAGGC